CUGGGACCCGACGCCCCACGUUCUGCUCCCACCCCUGCCGACAUCUGGAUCCCUCAGUGCCUGACAGUGUGGUUACUGACAGCGGCAGGCAACUUCUUUUACACCAGGAUUCCAGUAUGGUUUUCAGUGGGAACAAAGGGCUUCGCAGAGAAGAUACCCUGGAUGAAUAUUUUGAAUACGAUGCUGAAGAGUUCUUGGUCUCUCUGGCCUUGCUAAUAACUGAAGGACGAACGCCUGAAUGUUCUGUAAAAGGUCGAACGGAAAGUUUCCACUGCCCUCCUGCACAGUCUUGUUACCCAGUAACCACCAAACAUGAAUGCAAUGACAAGCUGGCCCAGUGUCGCCAAGCCAGACGCACCAGGUCUGAGGUCACCCUGCUGUGGAAGAACAACCUGCCCAUCAUGGUGGAGGUAAUGCUGCUGCCAGACUGCUGCUACAGUGACGACGGGCCCAGUACAGAAGGGGCUGAUCUGAAUGACCCUGCCAUUAAGCAGGACGCGUUGUUACUCGAAAGAUGGAUCCUGGAACCAGUUCCUCGGCAGAAUGGUGAGCGAUUCGUUGAAGAGAAGACCCUUCUGUUGGCUGUCCGCUCCUUUGUGUUUUUUUCUCAGUUAAGUGCGUGGCUGAGUGUUUCUCAUGGUGCUAUUCCACGAAAUAUUCUUUACAGAAUCAGUGCUGCUGACAUCGACCUCCAGUGGAAUUUUUCACAGUCUCCAAUAGAACAUGUGUUCCCUGUUCCCAACAUUUCUCACAAUGUGGCCUUGAAAGUCAGCGUUCAGUCCUUACCCAGGCAGUCCAAUUACCCGGUUUUGACAUGUAGUAUUCACACCAACAUUGGUCUUUAUGAGAAAAGAAGUCAAGAGCAUGAACUUAAAAACCAUCAGCACUGCAAUCCUAAUGAAGUAGAGCAAAGUAGUCCAAACAGUUCCCAACGUCUGUGCAGCAAACCAACAUGGACCAUGGGCCCUGAAAGUGUCCUACACGUGAAACAUGGCACAACUUCUGAGUAUACUACAGCCAUCAAAAAUGUCAAACUGUAUCCUGGCCCUGGCAGUAAACGUGACCAUGGGACAUCUCAAGCCAACAUUCUGGGAUUUGGUGGCAUGGGAGAUAGAAAGUCACAUGAAGCAUCCGUGAGAACUUUAAAAUCAUUUUCACUGACUGGUUCUGGUGUUUCUAGCCGCCAGAGUUCCUGGCAGUCAGGUGGGGAGACUAACCCUUUAAUAGACUCUUUAAUUCAGGAUCGACAGGAAGUGAUUGCAAGGAUUGCUCAGCAUUUGAUUCAUUGUGACCCAAGCCCUUCAAAUAUUUCUGGCCCACCAUUUAAUACUCAAGGCUCUAGUCCACUGAAUUCAAAAAUUUACCAAGAGAAUGAAAAUGUAAGAAAAUGUAAAGACACUUUCUCCGUUUCUUUUGGUAGUCCAGACUUGACCUCAGAAGACACCCAUGAAGGGAAAACUCAGGUAAAAGCAGAAACUCCACGGAGUGAAACUUGUAUGUCCAGUGGGCCUUACUGUCGGCUGUCUACUGGAGAGGCGAAUCCUCUGAUUGGCUCUCUGCUGCAGGAGCGGCAGGAUGUCAUUGCGAGAAUUGCCCAGCACUUGGAGCACAUUGAUCCUGCGACAUCACGUGUUCCCCGGCCCACCUUCACCAUGCUGGAUUCCACUUCAGGUCUUUCCAAGGUAUUUAGGAGCUCCUAUGAAGACAAGCAAUUGUUGAAGACAAAUAAAGAUGAUGGCUCUGUGUCUGUUUCCCAUGGAAAAUUUUCCUUGCUAGGAGACAGCAGUGAUGGGGAAAACUUGAUACCUAGAAAACCGUUCAGUUCUUUUAAAUGCAACAGUAAAGAAAAGUCUUCUUUGAAACCUCAAAUAAGAAACCAGUGUCAGAACAAUGCUACUGAAAUCAUCCAAAGCGUGUGUCAGGAGACACAGAACAAAGUUACUAGUUUAUCCACUUCCUUGAAUGUGUCUCAUUGCAAGGAAAAUAACUUAGAUUUGCUGAGCAGAUUAGAAAAUACACUUUCGGAGACCCAGUUUAAGGAGCAAGAAAUUAGUAAUGCAGUUGACAAACAGUAUUCAAAAUGCAGCAGUAUUGAAAAAAAGAUUUGUACAAAUAAAUAUAAGGAAAAAAUACUAAAAAAUGAGAAUUGUAAUCCGGACUCUUUUGAUAGUCUCCAACUUGAUAAUUCAAAAACAGUUGACUCACGAAUAAAAGCCAAUAUGUGGGAAAUGUCUGAAUAUUUGAACAAGUGUGAAAAUAAUUGUUCAAAUAAAGACUCAAAAAAGCCCAAGACAUGCGAUCAAAAUACUCACCUUAAUAGCAUAGAAAAUUAUCUCCAUAAAGAUAACGAAGGUUUCAAAUGCAAAAAGUUAGACAAAUUAAAAAAUGAGCAGGAUAAGAAAGAAGAUUCAACUGAAGAAAAAUCUCAAAACUGUUCUCCAAGGAAAAAUACAAAAGACUGUUUGUCUACAUGUGAACGACUGAAAAGUACCGAAGUGUUGGUAUAUGAUAUCAAAGAAAAGAACUAUGUUCCUCAAAGAAAAACACAAUCAGGUUGCUUUGAUCUGGAUUCUUCAUUGCUGCGUCUGAAAAGCAUUUCAUCGAGAAGUGCUCAACCAUGUUUAAAUAUUGAAGAUGCUCCUGAUAUUCAUGAAAAACCUUUUUUGAGUUCUAGUGCUCCACCUAUAACAAGUCUCAGUCUCCUAGGAAAUUUUGAGGAAUCUGUUUUGAAUUACCGUUUAGAUCCCCUCGGAGUAGUUGAUGGCUUCACUGCCGAGGUAGGAGCAAGUGGUAUUUUCUGUCCCACGCACUUGACUCUUCCAGUUGAAGUGUCAUUCUACAGUGUUUCAGAUGACAAUGCUCCGUCUCCUUAUAUGGGUGUGAUUACUUUAGAGUCCCUUGGUAAAAGGGGUUAUCGAGUACCUCCUUCAGGAACAAUACAAGUGACCUUAUUUAAUCCUAAUAAGACUGUGGUGAAGAUGUUUGUUGUGAUAUAUGACUUACGAGAUAUGCCAGCCAAUCAUCAGACAUUCCUACGACAAAGAACUUUCUCUGUUCCGGUUAAGCAAGAAAUGAAGAGAAGCGUCAAUAAACAGAGUAUCCGACAUACAGAACGGUUACUACGCUACCUCAUACAUCUGAGGUUCCAGAGUUCUAAAUCUGGAAAGAUCUACCUCCAUCGAGACGUUCGGCUCCUGUUCUCUAGGAAGUCAAUGGAGGUUGAUAGCGGUGCUGCAUAUGAACUCAAAUCUUACACUGAAUCGCCAACAAAUCCUCAGUUUUCACCACGAUGUUGAUAAGGAAUAACAAUUUCAAGUAUUUGCUCAGUACCCAAGUUUGGAAGUAAAUCUUAGCCUAAAAUGGAGUGUACCAAUUUUACAAUCAGGAGAGUAGAUCCUUUCCUGUUGUUCUGGACCAGUUUUUUUUUUUUUUUUUUAAGGAUUCCUAAAAUGAGGCCCACAAAUUCCAAGUAGACUGGAAACACUCAUGCCCUAAUUCUUUUUGUACUGUUGAAACCACUUCAUUGGACACGUUGCAAUAGCAGAACCCCCUGUUUAGAUUAGUGUUUACACAUUUUAUUUCUGUUAUUUAAUAUUUAAUGUUUUUCUUAAUACUCAGAAGUGAUGUUUGUCUUAGUGUUCUAAUGUAGCACAAAUCCUGUGUCAAAUCAUACUGUGUAUUUUUGACCUUGACGUUUAAAUCUGAAAUAUAUGCACAAGUCUUUAA